AACACUUUUCCUCAGCUUAUCUCUUUGCUAUUACAUGUUAACCUUGUUCCUUAGAAAGAAUAACAAAAAAAAAAAACUCAAUCUCUUAAUUAAUCUGUUUACUAUCCUUUUAUAAUGGCUUUCGAGCGUAUUCUUAUUAAUGGUGCAUCUGAAAUAUUGAAAAACUUGAUUACUGCAGUUGGCAAUGAGAGUAGUCUGGCUUGGGGUGUGGAGGAUGAGCUGGGAAGGCUUAAACAAACAUUGGAGGUUAUUGCCGCCGUAACAUCCGCCGCAGAGAGCAAGCAGAUUAAUGAUGCUGCGAUUUCACUUUGGUUAAAAAGGCUCAAGCAAGUUUCUUACGAUGCUGAUGAUGUUCUGGACGAAAUUUCUUAUGAAGCUAUGCAUCGAUCUCAUAAUAAGGACAGUAAGGUAAAAGUAUUUUUCUCAUCCUCCAAUCAAGUUGCCUUUCGUUUAAAAAUGGCUCAUAAAAUCAAAGGCAUAAAUACACAGUUUAAGCAAAUUGCAACUGAUAUGGGCAGAUUUCAGUUUCAAAUUACUAAUAUUACUAGCAGCGGUCGAUACGAGCAACAUAAUAAGCGGAUAACUACAUCAUUCUUUGGAGAUAUUUCAAAAUUUGUAGGAAGAGAUGCAGAUAAAUCAAAAAUAGUAAAUCUUUUAACAAACAUGAGCAUGUCUUCAUCAUCAUCUUUACCAUCAACUUCUUCUUCUGUAAAUUCUAAUACACAUGAAAAUGUCUCCGUCAUAUCCAUAGUGGGUAUGGGGGGACUUGGAAAGACCAGCCUAGCACAAUCCAUCUACAAUGAUAAAUCAGUAGAAAAAUACUUCGACAAAAAAAUGUGGGUGUGCAUCUCAGAUGACUUCGAUGUGUUUAAAAUCUUAAAAAACAUUAUGGAGUCGGCAACUGGUUCUAGAUGUCAAGAUUUUUCAAACUUUGAUGUCUUUGUAAAAAAGGUUAUCGAAGAAUUACAAGGAACAAAAUAUUUGUUAGUUCUAGAUGACUUAUGGAAUGAAGAUCCCAUAGAAUGGAAUAAACUUAAGAGUGUCCUAGAUUGCUGCGGUUCUGUUGGCAGCAAAAUUAUAAUCACUACACGCAGCCAAACAGUUGCAUCUGUGGUGCAAGGUUUAAUUCCUCCUUACAAUCUAAAUGUAUUAUCUGAAGCAGAGUGUUGGUCUAUCAUCCAGAACAGAGCUUUUUCUGCUGGCGGGGCAUCCGAGACUCCAACGAUGAAAAUUAUAGGAGAGCAAAUAGCAAAAAAAAUGAGGAGGUUUGCCGCUUGCUGCAAACUUCUUUGGUUGUCUUAUGCACUCACAGAGUGAGGAGAGGCAGUGGUUGUCAUUCAGAGACAACGAAGGCUUAGAAACACUAGGAAAUCAGAGUGGUGGAAUCAUACCGAUAUUGAAAUUGAGUUACGAUACUUUACCAUCCCAUUUGAAACAAUGUUUCUCGUACUGCUGUUUAUUUCCCAAAGAUUGGGAAUAUAAUAGAGAAACAUUGGUUCGAUUGUGGAUGGCCGAAGGAUUCAUUCAUCCGCCAUCUAAUGAAGGAAAUCAAAACUCAUUAGAAGAUAUUGGUAAUGAUUACUUCCUUAGUUUGUUGUCCCGGUCUUUCUUUCAAGAUGUGACAAGUCUUUAUUACUUGGGUGACAUUUUUUCGUUCAAAAUGCAUGAUCUUGUACAUGAUCUUGCAAUGAGCGUCGUUGGAAGUCAUGAAGUCAUGAGUCUGAAGAAAAGUGAAAUGAAAAAUGAUGUGUCUCAAAUUCGUCGGCUACGUUUAAUCAUGGAAGGGAAACCACAAGAAGAAGAAUCUGAUGUGUUAAAAAAUGCAACAAGAUUGCGGACAAUUCUUUACCAAGAAGAAGGUUUUGUUUUUCCGAGUCCACUGAGUAACAAUCGUCUUCGUGUAGUACAUCGGCUAAAAGGAGACUAUAAUAGAAGCCUGAAAACUUUAUCUUCCACUUUCAAGUUCAAACAUAUGAGGUACCUUGAUCUCAGUUAUUCUAAUCUUGAAGAUAUUCAUGCCGUGUCCAUUCAUCAACUCUACAAUCUGCAAACUCUCAGCCUUUAUGGAUCCAAAAAUGUUCAAAAUAUCCUCAAUGGAAUUGGCUCUUUGAUUAAUUUGCGACAUCUAGAUCUCUAUCAUUCAGACGCCACAAUUUUACCCAUAAAUAUUGGGAAUCUCCAGAGUCUAUUGUCCCUUGAUAUUUCAUGGACAAAAAUCUCAGAAUUACCCGAUUCAAUAUCUCUCCUCCAUAAUUUAACCGAGUUCAAAUUUAAACGUUGCUGUUAUUUAAAUGCACUACCUCGUAACUUUGGAGCUCUGACACAACUAAGAUCACUUAAUUUGAGUUUUAUAACAGAAUUGCCGGAGUCUUUGACUAGCAACAUCUGUAAAUUAGAGUGUGUGAACUUGCAGGCUUGUAAGCUUCCAGAAGACAUUAAGAAUUGGGUGGAAUUGAAAUUUCUGUGGUACCGUGGAAGGAGGGAUAAUGUAAUAAUGCCUAGAGGUAUUGAAAAUCUAACUCGCCUGGAACUAUUAAAACCUUUUAUCGUCAAUGAAGAAGAAGACGUCUCCAAUAUCCAAAAAUUAGCACAUCUAAAUUCCCUUCGGUGGUUAUUGAUUGUAAACCUAGGGAAUGUGAGAGGUGGUAAAAUAGAGGCAGAGAAGGCAAAAUUGAAAGGCAAGCAAAACAUUAUAUAUUUGGAAUUACAAUGGGAUUGUUUGGAAGAAGAAGAAAAAGGAGUGGCUGUCAAUAAUUCUGUCUUGGUGUUGGAAGGUCUCCAACCUCACCAUAAUUUGGAGGAAUUAUGGAUUCAUGGUUUCCCCGGUUUAAAGCUUCCGGAGUGGGUGGGAUCAUCUUCUUGUCUUCCUAAUUUAGUGAAAUUAAAGUUAGUAUACUGCAAGAGUUGUACGGAAUUAGUAGGACUGGGUCAACUCCCGUGUCUUCAGAUUCUCAAGAUAUAUAGAAUGAAUUCAGUCAACUGUUUAGGUGAGGAGUUUUAUUAUCAUCCACAAGAAAAAGAAGAAGAAAGCAAAGGUUAUGCUAGAACAUUAUUCCCUUCCUUGACUGAGUUGCGCAUCAGGGACUUGGAAAAUUUAGAAGAAUGGUCUGCACCUCCGCCACCUGAUAAUUCAUUCCCUUUCCUUGAGAGAGUAGAGAUCGAAUAUUGCGGUAAGUUGACAUCUAUACCGGAUUUACGAUCACAAAUUUCUUCUCUAAGCAUACUGGGUUGCGAGAAGCUGGAAAGGGAGUAGCAUAUGGAAGUUUAUUUUGAAGUUCCUCCCAUGUGUUGAAUACCACACAAGUAUCAACCAACACCAAUAAAUGAUAGGGUUCAAUUUGAGCUACUUGUGAAGAAGGUAAAGAAAGAUAUGUACUGGUCUAGUUUACCAUGUCACUGCAAGCAUCAGGAUCGACAAGGAUGCUGGUACCUCAUUUCAGUGCAAUUGGAUCAAUCUGGUUCAUCUCCUUCUCCUUGAAGAGUAGACCAAUGAGAGUCUAAAUUUCAGUUUUUUAGUAUUUGGUUUGACAAUUAAUGGUAUAUUUUGUUGCCUCAGAAAUAGUUGGGAUGACAGUAAGUCCCCGUAGUCGUGAUGCAAUAUAAAGGCAUUAAUGAAGAAGUCCAGUGCAUUCGGAUUC